UAGUCGUUCCCAUAGGUAACAAUAGCGCUUCCGUCCCGUCUUGAACGUCUUCCCCCUCGGGAGGUACAGGUAGAUUCGGUUUUUCAUCUCGCCGAUUUUAUUUAAUCCGUGUCGUCGAUUCUGGUCCGCUUAUUUCUGACCGAUAUUUCGCUUGCGGUGGAAGGUACAGAUUUCGGCUCGCGGUUUAUUGUGGUGCUUGGUGCGUUCAAGACCAGACUUGACGGUUGUUUUACACCUGCGUUUUCGGGAGCAACAGGUUGGCCACGAUAGUUUCCAGGGAAACGCAGGAUUUUGACAGUUGAUUCCACUGGAUUCGGUUCGAAGAUGUCGAAGGACACGAAAACUGGAGGCGAGAGUAUACUGGGCGUCUCAGAAAUAAUGGAGAACAAGAUGAUCUGGAGGAUGCUAGUUGCUGAAUUCAUUGGUACUUUACUCUUGGUCUUCAUUGGAUGUGGUUCGAUCAUAACACUGAAUGGAGGAGAUAUAAAUAUUGUCCAGAUUGGUUUAACUUUUGGCUUGGUGAUUGCAACAAUAGUUCAGACUAUCUGUCAUAUAAGUGGUGGGCAUCUGAAUCCAGCAGUCACCUUGAGUUUUUUCGUCACUGGUGAUGUUAAAUUGAUCAAGGCCAUCCUUUAUAUUGUGGUGCAAUGUAUAGGAGCAGCUUGCGGAGCAGCCAUAUUGCGGGCUAUCACGCCUUCAGACAAACAGGGCAAUCUAGGUAUCACCAACAUCAACUCUGGUCUGGAGCCAAUACAGGGCUUCAUCGUAGAAGCAAUUCUCACCUUCUUGCUCCUCAUCGUCAUCCAUGGAGUUUGCGAUUCAAGACGAAAGGAUGUGAAGGGAUCAGCUCCUUUGGCCAUUGGUCUUGCUAUAACUUCUUGUCACUUGGCUGGGAUUCAAUACACAGGAUCAAGUUUGAACCCGGCUAGGAGUUUUGGACCAGCUGUGAUUAUGAAUUUGUGGCCUAAUCAUUGGAUAUACUGGGCGGGACCAAUCGUUGGAGCCGUAGUAGCUGGACUUAUAUACAAAUUCGUCUUCAAAUAUAGAAAGGGAGAGAGCGAUUCUUAUGACUUCUAGAACUGAUCCAAGUAUUAUUUAUCAUUUCAUUCGAAUCAACAAUCUCAUUUUUGGAGUCUAACAUUCAUCUCAUCUAUUUAAUCGUAGAGGAAAUAUUAUAUUGUACAAAUUUUACAUAUUGUAAACUUUUUAUUAAAGUUUUUAUUUCUAGUGUAGAUUUAGGUGUUGUACAUCAUUCGUUCAAAGGAUUUGAAUAAAUGUAUGAUGUGUU